GCUUUGCGACACAUUGCCAUUAAAUCCGAGGAAAGGGGAGAUAGUGUACAAUGACCUCGGUCGAUUCUACGGCACGAGUUACUGGCAAGAUGAAAUGUCGAUGUUAGAUGUCGUAGGAAUGCCAGGAAGAAUCUGUGGAUUCAUUGUCAUUGACUGGCAGGAUGAUCCAUGAAAUAAACUUUGGAAUGAUGUUUACAAACAUAAGUUCAUGAGCAUGAUCCGUGUGUACAAGAGAGCUGUGCUAUUUCUGGUGGUGGUGCUCCUGCUCCCUGUGAUACUGCUCAUAUACCUAACCUUUGGAAGUGAUGCCAUAUAUGAGGGUAAAAAGCAGCGUGACCUUAUGGGGUUUACAGAUCGUGAGGCACGGCUAGCAGAUAGAGUGCGUGAGGUGGAACAACAGAACCAGAUGCUGAGGAGACAGUUGAGUGUCUCUCAAAAUCAGUUAAUGAACUACCAGAACAGUCUGGUGAUGGACAAUGAGACUGGGAUAUCUUUGAUCAAUGAAAAUGGGAGACCAGUCCGCUGCAAUAACCCUGAACCUGAAGUGCCAAAAUGUGAAGUAAUCCAUGUGUCCAUAGUGUGUGCAGGCUAUAAUUCCACUAGGAAUGUGAUCACACUUAUCAAAAGUAUUCUCUUCAACAGAAAGCAUCCUCUUCACUUCCAUUUCAUCUCUGAUGGUGCUGCCAAGACAAUCUUACAGACACUUUUCGACUCCUGGAGUGUGCCAGGGGUGCAGGUGAGCUUUUAUCUUGCGGAUGACAAACUAAAGGCUGAAGUUGCUUGGAUACCCAAUAAACACUACUCUGGAGUUUUUGGUUUGCUAAAACUUCUACUUCCUAAUACUUUGCCUACAUUUCUAGACAAGGUGAUUGUUUUAGACACAGACGUAACUUUUGCAACUGAUAUAGCAGAAUUAUGGAAAAUAUUCUCAAAAUUUAAGAGUAAGCAGGCCAUUGGUUUGGUAGAAAACCAAAGUGACUGGUAUCUUGGAAAGUUGUGGAAAAACCAUCAUCCCUGGCCGGCCCUGGGUAGAGGUUUUAACACGGGUGUGAUAUUACUUGAUCUCCAAAAGUUGCGUGAAUACAACUGGUCACAAAUGUGGAAAAUGGUGGCAGAGAAAGAACUGAUGAGUUUACUGUCCACAGCAUUAGCAGAUCAGGAUAUUUUCAAUGCAGUAUUAAAGCAGAACCCAUAUUUAAUCUACCAUCUCCCAUGUGAGUGGAACAUUCAGCUUAGUGAUCACACCAAAAGUCAUGCACUGUGCUACAGUGAAGUGUCUGACCUGAAGAUAAUUCAUUGGAAUUCUCCAGUCAAACUACUGGUGAAGAACAAGCAUGUUGAGUUCUUCAGGAAUCUUCACCUCACUUUUUUGGAAUAUGACGGCAACUUGCUCAGGAGAGAGCUCUUUGGUUGUGCUACCUCUACACCCAACGAAUUGGACAGCAAACUUGUUGCAAUCAACGAAGAUGACGAAUGCUACGAAUUUCGUCGCCAAGGUGCCCUGGUCCUAAGGACCCACUUGUAUUACAUCGACUACGACUACACCCCGUCCCCUGAUGAUGUGACCCUGGUGGCCCAGCUAAGUAUGGACAGACUGCAGAUGUUGGAGGCGAUAUGUAAACACUGGGAAGGCCCAAUAAGCCUGGCUCUGUAUAUGUCAGAUGCUGAGGCACAGGCCUUCCUUAGAUAUGCUUUAGGAUCCGAGACUCUCAUGGCCAGGAAGAAUAUAGGAUAUCAUGUGGUUUAUAAGGAUGGGCAAUUCUUCCCAGUAAACUACCUGCGCAAUGUAGCAGUGCGUCAGGUGAACACUCCAUACAUGUUCCUCUCAGACAUCGAUUUCCUACCCAUGUAUGGUCUGUACGACUAUUUAAAGAAAGCCACGUCAAUGAUGGAUAUCACGGUGGAGAAGAAAGCAUUGAUAGUGCCAGCCUUUGAGACACAGAGGUAUAGACUGACAUUCCCAAAGUCAAAAGCAGACCUGUUGUCCAUGUUGGAUAUGGCAACAUUGUUUACAUUUAGAUUCCAUGUUUGGCCUCAAGGACAUGCACCAACAAAUUUUGCUAAAUGGAGAAGUGCUACUACACCUUACAAGGUAAGCUGGGAAUCCGAUUUUGAACCUUAUGUGGUUGUGAGUACAAAUAUCACAGACUAUGAUCAAAGAUUUGUUGGGUUCGGAUGGAAUAAAGUGUCACAUAUCAUGGAAUUGGAUGCUCAGGGGUAUGAAUUUGUUGUACUGCCCAAUGCAUUUAUCAUCCACAUGCCACAUGCUCCAAGUUUUGACAUAGCCAAGUUCAGAUCAAGCUCUCUAUACAGGAAGUGCCUAAAGACGUUAAAAGGUGAAUUUCAAAGAGACCUGUCAAGAAAGUAUGGGAUCAAGGCUCUAAAAUAUUUAUCAGUGGAGAGGUAGCAUUCAGCUGUAAUGGGGCAGAUGAAAUCACAAAACAAGAUGUGCACAGUGGCCAUGUCAUUUUAUGUCUAUUUACUCCUAUUGCAGAGUUUGUGUCAAACAUGUUUAUUAAGAAAUGUCACCAAGCAUUUUAAACCUAUUUUUGCCACAAUCAGUAUCGAAUGUCACAAACGUAGAUCAGAAGACUAGGAAGUCAAGGAGAUUAUACGCAAUGGAAUACAGAAAUAAAACUAAUUAAAUUCUUAUGAGAACUUUUUCAAGUUGUAUGGUAUAAAUUUUAAAACUAGUCAUAGAAUAAAAGAUUCAGCUACAGAAUGGGACUUGGAGCCAAUGGUGUAAGUUAUAAAUGUGGCCUGUGUUUUACAUUUUCUCAAGCAUCAUGCCAAAGCCUAGCUGGACUCUAGGCAUCGAGUAACUGUCUAUACUGAAGAAGCAUUCUGUAAUACAACAAACAAAAAUUGUACUUAGAAGCAAUAAGUUUUUAUUGGAGAAUUAUAGCGCAAAUCGUUUUGGGACCGAGUAUAUUUUAUAAUUGGGUCCAUGGAGAAAGGACCAAUAUUUUGUAGUCACACAGUCUUUUUGGGUUAAGAUUAUUUUAAACCACUCCCAUUGUAUAGAAAUCCUUUGAUAUUGGACUGAUUCUAUGGCAGUGUGAUAGCCAUUAUUAAUCAGGAUACCCUUGUGCUUUAAAUCAUGUGCCAGAUCAUUAUUUAUGAUGACAACCUUCGUGCUAAAUUAAUCUGAAUAGACUAGUAUAUAUCACUAUAGUAUUUUUUCAGAUUAGGUACUGUAAUGUAUGCAAUCAAAAUCAUGUGACAUGAAAGAUUUAUAAAUUAUACCUUUACUUCUGGUUAAAAUGCAAGUUUCAACAUAUUUCACUU